AAAACAAAAACAAAUUAUGAACUCAGAAUGGGAAAUGGAUUCUGAUCGAAAGAAAACAUUUUUCAAAUGCACAAAGUGGCAAUUCGAGGACACACUCGAUCCUAUUAACUGCCCUUUCCACUACUUCUGUGACAGCAUCUAUGCCGGCGACUACCCUCAAAUCACUGACGUUCUGGUUUUCUUCUUCGUCACGGUUACUUACUUGACGACGCUAAUUGUUGUCUUAAGGAAGGUAAUUAUAUCAAGAAGAAGAAGAGAAGAUGCUGAUGAUGAUGAUGAUAAAGCAAAGAGGUACUUACUUCCUUCUGGUCCAAUCUCUCUUCCUUUGAUCAUCUUGAUCCUUGCAAAAGGUCAAAGGAUCAAUACCCUUUUCCCUAUUUCCAUCUUUGGACCUGCGAUCCUACAGCUUGUUCAACUCUCAGUGCUUAUGUUCGAGAACAAUAUCGAAAAAGAAGAAAGCUUUGUCUUCUUUGAAGCCUCUACUAUCUCGGGAAUUCUCCACGCUAGUCUUUACUUAGACGCUGUGAUUCUCCCCUACUAUACAGGAUUUGAUGCUCUGGUCACAUCUACUUUCUCUGGAGUCUGCAAGUCUUGUAUAUGCAGGAAAGAGCCAUUAAUAGUGGGAGGGAAGAUUGUCGCCUACCGGGGAUGGUCUAGUACAACGUUCUUGGUGGUUGGUGUUUUGUUUUUGAGGAUUAUAAGCAAGUUAUGCAAAGAAGAAGGAAAGAAGAAAAGAGUUUUGGUGAUUCAAAAUGCAGUGGAAGGAUUGGCAUUGCUUGUUCUUGUACGAGAUUGUGUGUACUUGGCGGUUAUGUCCCCUGUUGAAGAGCCCAUCUUGUUUAGGGUUUUUGUGUAUGGUUCUCUUCUUCUGUUGAUCUGUGUUUAUGUAAUUACACAAGUAUGUUGUUUCGUUAGUAGGAGACAGAGUAAGAAGACAUCAGACACUUGAUAUUUGAAACAACAAGGAAAAAAACAGAGGCAAGAUGAAGUAAAUGUAAAUGAUACUAUUGCUUAAAGAUGAGUUAUUUUUGGGUGAGUGAUGAUGAAAUUAAUGGUAAAACUUAAA